UAUCGCUGGUAUGACACGUGAGGUUAUUUUCGUUCUCCAUAUCAUUCAUUUUUACUAUAAACCUUUGGUAGCGGAAAGCGACGAUGUGCGUUUAUUCUCGCAUAUUCAUCAUUAGACUUUCCUCUGUUUUCUCGUGCUUUUACGAAAUUUACUCGACGUCGUGAGAUCCGUUUUACCUUGUCCCAUAAUUCAAGAAAUCCGCCGGUGGUGACUUUUAAAGACGUUGCGUUGUAAUCCUUACGCGAUGCCGCCAGGCGAUAAUCUCUCGCAUAUUCGCCGUUUUCGAUUACUUGACGGUCCCUGCGUCUUGAGGUCUGUAGAGCACUUGCCAAAUUAACGGACUCCACUGCCGUUCAGCUUCCCUCGCGUCAUUAUCGAAGAAUACAAUGGCGACCACACAGCAACUGAACAGAAGUAGAACACUAAGAAAACUUGAGAAGCCCAGACCUCUAAAGCUUACGCAGCAUCGCCACACGACUGUCGACGGGCGGAUCACGACUGUUGAGGAGAUAGUUUCCUUGAUUGACAAUGUUGCGAUACAUCUAUCGAAUGGCUACUUCGACAGAACUCUGCAGAUGAACGUCAUCACAAUGUGCAAUCACCUCAAGCUUCAUGCCCACCAAUUGGAAGCUAUUUACAAGGACCAACUUGACAGAGCUUUCGUUGCUAUCAGAAACGGUAGUCAAGAUGAAAGGCUUGACGUCACGACUAGAGUUCACUUAUUGGAGCUGAUUGAACUCAGAGCGAAACAAUGGCGUCAUACAGACGCGAUGGAUUCCUAUUAUUGCCAUAAACUUUCCCACCUCGACAUUCAAGGAGAUGUGCCGCUGACCCCAGACACGCCAACAAACUUGCUGAUUUCUAACUUGAUGCCAACGGCAUCGCCGACCGCUCCCCCAAUCCUCGGACCUGGCGAAGUGAUAAAGAACAGUGGUAAAUUUUCAAAACCGACUCGUAUAUCAGGAAAAAAUUACUGCAAGGAUGAAGUUGUGAUACGCAACAGCGACUCUGGGAAAGUGAUGGGAAUAAAGGGGAGACGAGUUCACAUGAUUGAGGAGCUCAGCGAGACAAUCAUCUCCUUCCAGCGAGUGAAUCCUGGAGCCAAAGAACGACUUGUCCAAAUAACGGGAACCUCCGAGGACAAGAUAAACUACGCUAAGGACCUUAUAAAAGAUACAAUACAGCGAAACGCAUCCCCGGUGAGGCUGGAGCAGGGCGGAAGCGACAAGAGUGGAAUAGGAGGCUCCAGCUCUUCGCUGAACAGCAGCGCAUCAGACGAGAGCAACAGGCUUCAGCAACAGCAGCAGCAAGCCUCCCGUUUCCGCUCCACCCUACUCCACAGUUUUUCCACCAACGACGCCAGCAUUGGCGAGUACAAAUAUACAGUCACAGUUGACAACCAUUCCCUCAAGAUCACUGGAUCCAAUCUGGAUCUCGUUAAGACAGCUAAACUGGUACUUGAGGAAUAUUUUUCUGGUGAUUCUGAACACUUUACCAGUGGAGUUGAGUACUUCAGUUUCGAGGAGGAACCAGCUUACGCUCCUGUUACUCCCACGACUCCGCACACCCCGAUUACUCCAGGCGGAUUGAACGCCGUCGGUCGUAAACUAAGCCUAGACAGCGCAGCUACUUCAGAAAGCGAGGAAACAUACAAACCUCGUCCCAAUUCCCAGCUCAGUCCCGCUGCUGCAGCCGAGAGCAGAGAGCUCACGUACGAGUUUCUGCUGCAGUGCUCCGCAGGCCCGUACGCAAAACGAGCCCCGGCCGAUUGGGCUAGAAUCCAAAAGGACUGUCCGAGCAUUGUUAGAAAGGUACAGCAACAACAACAACAUCAACAGCAACAACAAGAACAACGUGACAACAACUACGACGAUCACUAUUCGUUGUCAAACUGCUCAAUAAUCGCACCGUAUUCUGACGCUAACAAUUGCUAUAACAAUCAAAACGUAGCUUAUGACUUCGACAAUAAUCAACAGAACAACUGCAGAUGGUUUGAAAAUCGCAAUUCUCACUCUGCCACGAUUGCCGUUCGUCAGUACUGAAUUAAAAUACGCGGGGCUCUGGUUCGGUAGUGCAGAAGGAAUAACAAAUCACUAACAUAGCUCGAUAUUAACCAUUAACAACUAUCCUAACAAUGUGAACAUGUUUUUCUAAUUUUAAGAAUUUUCUUCCCACAGCACUUUGCUCGGAGAUUGAAGGUAACGUGUUUUUUCUUUGGCAAUGAAAUCAGGCCUUUGUCUUUGAUUACUUAGCCAUGUAUCGAGUUCGCGACAGUUUCUUUCAUUCUCUGUAAUACGGUAUGUCAAUAAGUUGAAUCAAGAUUCAAAAUAAAGUUCAAAGUUUUAGUUUCAUUUUGAGAUUUGGAAGAAAACUGGUGUAUUCCGUUUUUGACUUAUGAGAUGUUCCAAAUACGUUUCUAUGAACUCGUGUUUAGAUCUUUUUUUAACUACUACUCGGAAAUCGAUUGGUUAAGGAUUUUAAACGAAGUCAUAAAUAAACAGUAAAGUCUUGAGUAUCGUUUUGAGCUUCGUUCAAAAUUUUUUUGCACAUUUGGAUUCCAGUUUAUGGUCUAUCAGAAAGAUGAAAUACUUGUUCCAAAAAUUUUGCGCUUAUAAACCCCUAAUUUCAUUUCCGAUGAUUAUUUCUUUUUUUCUUUUCAAUUGUUAACAUGUUCAAUUGUUACUGGCUGAAAUUAUCUCAAGCUCGUUUGAAAAAUGCAAUACUUGUACAUCAUUUCUAACGCGACAAUCAAUCAGAGGGGAGAAAAAAGACGAAAAAGUAUCCUAUGAGAAGAUUAUAAAAAUGAUCUGUGCUUAUUUAGAGGAUUUAUUAUUAACGAAAACCGUUAAAAAUUGAGAGAAGGAAAAUCGUCAAAAAGAAAAAAAAUCUAAGGCAUACAAGAGUAUUACAUAUAAUACGGUGUAUUGUGUAUUGGAAUCGCAUUAAUUGCAUUCCAUAUAAUUCCUCGGGUUCGUUAUUAUUAUCAUAAAAAAGAGAAAAAAAAACAAACUAUUACACGAUAUUAUCGAACAGAGUAUAUUGUUAUUAUUAUUAUUAUUAUUAAUGUAUAAAAUGCGUAAAAGCUUAACUUUAUUCGCCGCAUUUAACAGUAUAAAAUUACAAUGCCAAGAUCAAGUUAACCAAAGAUCGUUACCAUUUUCGUAUUCAUACAUCACACUGGUGAAAAGAAGGUUUAAAAGUCUUCGUAAAUAUCGUGAGUCAAGAAAUGAAAUUAAUAAUGGAAUACUUAUUUAACCGAUAAACAGAUUCGAGUUAUUUAUUGUAAUUUCGAUAGAUUUUAUCUUGAAAUGCGGUAUAAACGCGAGAAAUAGAAAAGGAAACAAAAAUCGAGCUUGACGAAAACUGUCAGAAAUUUAAUUUCCCUUCUUUUUUUUUCAAUUCAAUAUUCCAUGGCAGUUUUAGGGGAAAAGUUUUGAAUAUAUACCUAAUGGUCGAUCUGAUAGUAUUACCGUAAUUAAAAUAUAUUUUACACCGUGCUUUCUUUUAUUCUUUUCUUGUGAUUACGGAAAAUUGAUAUUUAGUGUUACUCGUUUAACAGAUUCCAAUGAUUCUGUGAUUAAGGGGGUGCCCUCGUCGAUUUCGACAUUGGAGUAUAUAUCUCCAAAUAUCGCAUGUCCACGUAUUUCAAACGCGAAAAAAGGACCCAUUAUUAACAGCCCCAUUCUAUGCGCAAUUCUGAACAAAAACACUUCAAUACAUUUUCAUUUUACACAGUAACAAAGAAAUGGCGUGAAUUCUAAGAAUUUACUGCGAUUUCUUAGAAAUUCCAUUUCUUUAUUAUCUCCGACAAACGAAAAUGUGUUGGAUCGUUUUUUUUUUUUUUAUUCAGAAUCGUGCAUAGAAUGGGGCAGUCAAGCUGUUUUUCGCGUUUGAGACACGUGGACUUUGAUAUUUGGAGAUAUAUAAAUCAACGUCGAAAUCGACCAGGGCAUCUCCUUGAUAAUUAUUCUUAGCAGUGUUCAUAAUUAUGAACAGGUAAAAAACCAAAAAGAUAUAAACAAAUUCAGUAUUUUCUUUCGAGUACAAUAUUAUUAACAAUAAUAAUAGCAGCGUUGUUAUUAUUUUUUUCAUUAUCAUUAGUAUAUAAAAUUUAUUUUCGUAGAGAUUGAAGUUUAUCAUUAUUAUUAUUAUUAAAAAUGUUAUUAAAGUUUAUGAUGUUGACACAUGCAAUUAUUCCAUGCUUAUAUAUUGUGUCGCAUAGGCGCAUGUAUAUUAUUCUAUAAUGAAAAGAAUUUGACAAAGAAAAGGGCGAAAGCUAUGCAAAGCGGAACGAAUUAAGAAAAAGAAUUUGGUUCCAGUUGCCAUUGUUACUCAUUAUUAUUAUUAUUAUUAUUUGUUACCAGUAGUAUUGAAAAGCAUUGUCGUUAUUUACUUCAGUCAGUUCCAGUUCCUAUGAAUAUUUUUAUCUCGUGUUUUAUUUGAAUUUUCUGUGUAACUUUGUUAUUAUAUAAAAAAAAAAAACAUAUAUAUAUAUAUAUAUACAUAUAUACAUGUGUAUUUGUUUAAAUUUCCAAAUUUGUUGUGUAUUGAAUUAGCAAUAUAUAUACAAAUAACUUUGCUGCUAUAUACUUAACGCUAAUUAGUAAUUAACUCUCGUACGAAAGAAAGCUAUGAUUAAAUAGGUAGUUAUUCUUAAAACCAAUACCAAAACCAAAGAAGAUGUGAGAGAGAAGGAAAAAUUAUCAAUACCAAAAUACAAACGGGGAAAACAAAAGAAAAUCGUACACAACAUUAUCGUUAAAUUAAUAACGCUUACCAAGCGAUUAUUAUUAUAAUAUUAAAGAUAAUAGUCGUUUGUUACUAUUGUGGAAUA